UAUGGAGUGCGUCGCAGUGAGUGUUUUCUGAUUCCAUAGGUAUGUUGAUAAGAAAUCGUGGAAAAAGGACCGAAUUAUUGUAAAAAUGUUAUAAACUCGAGCCCAAAAAGUGUCUCCAGUGCAGUGCUUAAGUGUUUUUGUGUAAUAUGCCUGAAAUGACUCGCCACCAACUCGACUAGUCCACAGGCUCGGCCUGGUCUACGUAUUCUCGAUUCCAAGUAUUGCUGUUUUCAAGAAUGGUGCAUCAUACAACUUAAAUUGUUUGAAAUCGAACAAAAAUGGAUUUAAAGAGAUGGGGUCACUUCUAUAUGAAAGUUUUCCUUUUGUUCGGCACCGGUGGACUUGUUUUAGCCAUGGAACCGAUGUGUUCGCCGGGCUUAGAUUUCGGAGGGUACACGGUACCCCAAGGAGACAUCGUAAUAGAAUACGGAAAUCCAUUAGAUAUAAUAUGCGUCUUACUUAAUAAUAGUAAAAAUAUACUCGGCCCCGAUGCUAGUCUUAAUUUAUCGUUUGUGAGAAACCAGGAUGCGGUUCCGCCCGAAAUGAUCGAAGUGAUAAACUCCACAGCCAUUAAAUUACACAUUGAUAAGCCACCUAAAGUAUCAAGUGAUACCUACUCCUGUCUUCAAUAUAACAAAAGUGCGGUUUGUAUGAACUGUGUCACUGUUGGAACGAAACCUCAACCUGUCACCGAUUUUGAAUGCAUAAGCUACAAUUAUGACAACCUCACGUGCACAUGGACGCCUCCCGAAAAUUACAUUAAAACAACCUACAACCUGACAUUCACUCUAGGGGGCAGGGCAGCUCGGUACAUUCAAGCGUGCCCUCAUAUUGACUACUCCGAAAAAACGAAACGCAUGAGCUGCAUGUGGAACGUCUCCACGACCCCACAAUACCGCCAAGUGCACGAGGUGUACAAUUUCAAUCUCACGAUGGAAAACAAAUUCGGAACACAUCGGCAGAGUUACCCCUUCCAACACUUUGCGCACGUAUUGUCUGGCCCUCCCGAGAAUCUCACAGUUAUAAACACAACCUCGUCUUCGAUCUAUCUCUACUGGAUGGUGCCCCUUUCCAUGCGCACGUUCUGGCCAGGGGUGCACCACCGGAUUCUCUACCAAUGCGAAUACUACGAAAAGAAGUGGCACUUCGGCGGCGAAAUCAAGGAAAACCCAAAAAGAUACGAGAUUUAUUUCAACUUGACCAACCUAAAAUACGCACACGCCUUAUGCGACAUCCGCGUCUCGCUAAGAUCGGCCAAAGCUUUGCCUUCCGACGAGUCAAUGUGGUCGAACAACGCCUCCAUCACAGUCUGGACGAGUAGCAAAAUACCGGACGAGCCGCCGGAAACAAACGUCGGGAGUUUCGAAGUGGUGGCCUUUGGUAACAGCUUGCAAAAUCGGGAGGCUUACGUUUACUGGAAACAAAUCAAAGAGGAGCAAAAGAACGGACCCGAUUUUCACUACGGCAUUGCUGUGGAAGGCGAACCGGCGAUACGACCGGUCGAAUUCACCAACACUUACGCCAAGUUCGAAAAUUUGUCCAUCUCGACCAGCUACACGUUCAAUAUCUGGUCGGAAAAUUCAAACGGGACUUCGGCGCGCAAAUCGUCGGUUUUUAUACCGAAACAGACAGAUCGUAUUAAGGAGCCGUGGAGUUUCACUAAAGUUGAGUUCGGGGACGGUGUCUACGAAUUGACUUGGGUGGCCCCAAAGUUGUUGGAUAACCAGUACAUUACAAACUACACGAUUUUUUCCUGUAGCAAUGAGCGAGAUAGGCCCUACCAGUGCAACGGCAUGUUGAACUGGACCGUGGUCUCGAGCAACACGACUUCGAAAACUAUGAUAGUUGAGAAGAACAAAAUUUUCCAAUUUGCGAUUUCGGCAAACACGCAUAACGGGAGCAGCGGCAUGUUGUGGGCGUCCUGUACCGUCAUCCACAACAAAAAUAUGGGCAAAAUGAAAAAUGUUUGGAUAAAUAGCGUCGGCUCAACUUUCAUAGAAGUGGGCUGGAAGCUGGACUGCGCCGAUCGGAUCGGCAGCGUCGAAGGUUACGUUGUUUAUUAUUGCCCGAUCAAAUCGCCAAUGCAUACGGAAUGCAAAGCGCCUCAAGCCAAUCGCACCUUCGACGGAACUUCGAUGCUCUCAAGCGGAAAUAUAACCGAUCUGAACCCUUACACGACAUACAUGUUGACGGUUUCGGUGAAAACCAAGCAUACGACUUUUAGCCAACAAAGCGAUCCUUUGUACAACACCACGCUGGAAGAUGCUCCCAGCACACCUCCGCGUGAUGUGACUAUACAAAAAGUUACGAAUUCGUCGAUUAGAGUCGCGUGGAAGCCACCCGAAGCUCUCAAUGGCAUAAUUCGCGAUUAUGUUGUUUAUUGUUGCGUUAAAGGCUCGCUCUGCGAGAAAAUUCCAGUCAAAACGGAACUAAACUACACGAUAACUGGCCUCAAAAGCUUCGAAAACUAUUCGAUAGAACUCGAGGCUUGUACGACGAAGUGUUCAGGGAAGUCGGAAAGAUUACAAGUGACGACUAGCAUGGGCUAUCCGAGCAAAAUCCGUAAACCAACGGUGGAUUUGCGUAACGAUACUUCGAUUACGAUCGUUUGGAAUGAGCCAGAAGAGCCCAGUGGGCGCAACGAUUAUUACGUUGUACAGUUCCGUCAAAAACACAAGAGUGAGAAUAAGACUUUCCAAUACAACACAACGAAGCGCAAAUUCGUGAUUGAGAAUUGCGGCGAUGGUGGUAAAUUCAACGCGUUUUACAUAUCAGUCAAGGCUGUUAACAAAAUAGACAAUCGGAGUUACGACGGCCCCUGGAGCGACGAACUCGAAAACUACUGUGAAACCCCAAUCAACUACAUCAUGUACUUGCUGCUGUUCGUCGCAAUCGUUGCCGUGGUCUCCGUCGGUUUCUUCUCGACUAGAUUAUACAACCACUGCAAGUUCAUGCGUGAUGUUGAGGUAAAACUCCCCCCUGGGUUGGCCCCCGUGGUGGCCGACCACACCUUAGUCCCCUGGAGCACGGAGAAGCGGCAAGACCCCGGCGAUUCGCACUCGCCCCCCGACGAGGAGCUCCUGCUUGUGAAGAUGAGUGAAGGGAGACAUUUUAGUGGUGAUUCGAGUGGUUGCAGUUCAGGACAUGAGAGUGUGACCUCGUCCCUCGAAUCGGGCACGCACAUUUCGAGCAGUUCGGACUCGGGGACCGAACAGCCGGCGGCCUACAGCGUGAUGGAAGCGAGUUCGGACACGCCGUACAUUUCCGUUACUGGGGGCUCGGAGGCCAGCUCGCCGUACGUCAUGACAGGGGAUGCGGUCAAGACGAUCAACCCGGGGUACAUCCCCUUCACCCAGCCCCCGGACUUCGGCGGCGGGCUGGACGCGAAGGGGGACUCGCCCUACAUCUCGGUGACGGCCACGGACGCGACCAAAAUGGGGUACAAGCCCAGUAGUGAGGUUUCAGACGAGUCUUCGCCAUAUGUUAUGACGGGGGACGCGCCCAAGACGAUCAACCCUGGUUACAUACCGUUCAAUCAGACUGAACCGAUGAAGAAUUCAUAUGUACAUAUUACAUUUUAGGCUAAGUUAUGUAAAUAGUUAGCGGUAGGAUCAGGCGGAUGACUUGGUGGUCGAAACUGUGCCUUAACUAUGGACUGAAACACUGAAUGUGUGUAGUUAUUGCUACCAACCGUAGACAACUUGCCAGGUGCUUUACGCAUGCCAAUUAGUGAUAACGCGAACUGAUCGGUUUUAUAAUUAAUUAUUGGCUUUAUACUUAAAUUUGGUGUUGAUGAAUGUAUUGUUUGUGUUUUAUUAUAUAUUAUGUUUAUGUGUAUGCCAUCCAAAUCGUUGUCAGAUCGAAAUUACCUUAUUUUACCAAUUAUUUGACACUUUUGUUAAUAACUGCACAGAUUCAAUUUUAUGUUUUGUUUUCGUGUUAUUUUAAAUAAACAUGGAUCGUCAUGAUUUUAUUUAUUUAUGUGUGGCAGCAAUUUUUGUUCCUAAUGUGUUGAAUAAUUGUGGCCUUUACUUGCCCUUUGUUUUUAUUGGAAUUGGUUAUGUCAUCGUGUGUUGUACCUGAAUGCAUUUCAAUUUGACUGGACUGCAAUCAAAUUAGAUUUGAUCGAUCAGGCCUGAACUGUAUAUACACCAACGUCAAUUAUUUUAACACUUGUAAAUUAUCGUAAUUUUGUCUGAUGAAGAUUUGUUGCGAUUUUUUAGUAAAUGUUACAUUGUGUCAUGAAUGUGAAUGUUAAAUUGUACCUUUUCAUUAUAUUAUUCAUAUUAAUUCAUUGUUCCUUUUCCAUUAUCACAUUUACUCAAAUAUAUAUUUAUCAUACA